CUUGAAUUGGCCGAGCUCCCCGUCUGUCUGCAGACCACGCUCUCCUCCCCCCCUCCCCGCUCUUACCGGAAACGAAACCUCAUUGGCCGCUUUGCUCAUGCGGCGUGGUCAUUCCACGCGUUGGGACGCACCGCCUCUCUGCUUUCGCCUUCUUGCUUAGUGGCUGCAUGCCACGUCCAUCAAGAUCUGACCAAUAGCCGACUACGCCCCGCCUUUCGGCCGGCCUGGAAGAAUUUUCCAAUGAGCUUCCUUUCUGGGCUACCGGUUGAUUUUGCUUAAGGCGGUCGGGUAAGUCAAGAUGGCGGAGGUCGCGGGUGAGCGAGUCGCCGUCGGCUUUUAAAGGCGCUGCCUAUGGCCCUGGCAAGGUCGCAGCGCCAGUCAAGGGCCUCCUCUGUGCUCGCCUCAGAUCUCCUCUGGCCGUCCUAUGGAGCCGGUCUUAGGCCCAAAGCAGCGCUGCCCACUCUUGUCUUUUCCGUCGCCUUUCGUGAGCGAUCAGGUCCUGGCCAGGAAGGGGAAGGGGGAGGAAACGUUUGGCGCCGUCCUCGACGAAAGGACCUGUACGAAUUGCUGGGAGUCCAAAGCAACGCCACUCAGGCCCAAAUUAAGACCGCUUACUACCGACAGUCCUUCCUCUACCACCCGGAUCGCAAUGCGGGCAGCGUGGAGGCGGCCGAUCGCUUCAUCCACAUCACUCAGGCCUACCAGGUGCUGGGCAGCCUCAGCCUGCGCAAGAAGUACGACCGUGGCCUCCUCACCCAAAAGGACAUUUCCAACGCCAAGAAGCCCUCGGGCAAAAGUAAAGCAGCAGCUUCUGCUGCUCAGACAGUGUACAAGAAGCCAGUUUAUACCUCUGGCCACCCUUCAGGCAAGCCCAUCUUCAACUUCGAUGAAUUCUACCGAGCCCAUUACGGCGAGCAGUUGGAACGGGAGCGCCUGAUGCGCCUAAAGCAGCAAGAAAUGCAGGAGCGCAAAAAGGCCAUGGAGGAGGACAAGUACAAAUUCCUUGAGAGUUUUCUCCUCGUGAUGUUUUUAUCCGGCGUCAUGAUCCUACUCAGACACCAGUGAAGAGAGGAGAAAGUUGUGCUGACUUUGCAUGCUGAUCUCUUGGGGAAGCUUUGGAAGCAGGAGAAACAGAAAAAACUGGCGAGACAUUUUGUGAACUUUCUGCUGUAGGACACUCAGCAGCUUUUGGGUUGUUACACCACCAGUCUCUUGCGGAAGUUUCAUCUAGCGCCCAAAGGACUUUACAGUUUUAGAAAGAUUUGAAACAGGCAUAGUUUUACAUAGUUAAUUGUCCACGCUUAACAACCUCGGGAGAAGGGAUAUAGGUGCUUGCCCAUGAAAAAUAUUAUCGUCAGAUGCCACUUCUAAUAGCAUGAAAUUCUUCCUCUUCCUUUAAGUCAAGAGUGGAAGGAUUUGAGGGUGGGGGGGGGGCUUUCCUUUUCACGGGUUGAAAAUGUUGCUGGUUUUGCACAGGCAUAUUUAUACGAUUGUUGAGACUUGUCCUGGAUUUGGGCCCAAGGCUGCUGCAGAAUGUAAAAAUACAGAAAGAAAUUGGAAUGUUAUGAACAAAUGUUUCAUUUUUGUUAAAGCAUUCAAAUAGAGGGACAGUUUCUGUACAGUUUGACUUCUGGUACUGAGAGCCAAUCAUGUCUUUAUCCUAAAUAGAAUUUAAUUGGAUAAACUGACCACUGUGGGCUUUUUGCAGAUUGUAUCAUAUAGCUGUACUGUGGUUUCCUUAUGUCUACAAAACGUUUAAACCACACACAAACAUAAAUUUAUACACACACACUUUGUUUUAAAACUUCAAAAGCACAAAGAUUGAUGAUACAUGUUAUUGAGCUGUCUUUAACUAUGACAUGUUUUACAUUAACAUUGGGGAUGACUUAGAAUAGUGUCCAAAAUGUGCUUUUUAAUUGAAGAUGAUGUUCUCUGCAGUAAUCUUUCCAGGGCUUCCCCUGCCCCCUCUAAAACUACAUUUACACAGUAUUGUUUAAGCUAUUUUAUUUAUCAAUUUUCUUAACUGGCCCCACCCAAGCAAUUGUGUAAUUGAAUUCUCCCAUUUUCCCACACUGUAUUAAAUCAUUAACAAAUCAAACAAUGGGAUUGCAUAAUAGGAUCCCAGAAACCAGAACAUAAAAACAAGCCAAAUUUAGAAUAUUGUACAAAUACAUCUAUAAACACGUCUUCUCUUUCAGUCUUAGUCCUUCAUAGGUGUAAACCUUUUUUUUCUCUUUUUUCCUUCCUGUAUGAUUUUCAUUCUGAGUCUCCUAAACUGUCUGCUCCUAGUCUGGAUGACAGUGAAAAAGUGCCUGCCCUUUUUCAGUUUUUAGCCAAUAACUCCUCCCCUCUAGCAAUUCUCCUUUGUUUUCAAAAACUGGAAUGUUGUUCCUAAACAGUACUAUAGAGGGAGUCCUAGUACUGUACUGAUCUACAACUGCUAGUGAAAUCAUUUAGAUUCAUAAGCUAGAGUGCUUUGUUCUUGAACUAGCUGGAUUUAAGAAGAAUGAAUCCCCAUAUAUGGAUAGUGAGAGGAAAUAAGUUCCUUGUGAUUGAUGACUGUCAUAAAAGCAGCCAUCAAUCUCAAACUAGGAAAAAAAGAGUCCCAUUCUCUUGGUGAUGAAGAAACGCCAGACUAGGAGUGAUAUAUAUUUUUAUCUUUUGUGUACUUUGUAAUUAGCUUAAUUUAUUUUAACUGCCUUUAGAUUGUGCUCUGCAGGUAGAUUUCUAUUAGAUGCCAAUUUUGGACACAUUUCAGAUUGUUGUUCCCGUUCAUCCCUAGGAUGUUUUAAGGAUCACUUUCGAAUAAAGUUCCUUGGAAGAU